AGUCACGUGGGCCGACGGGGCUGGGACGGAAAGAGUAGAAGAACUUCUUCCGGGUCACUGUCGAUAGGCUCAACCUGGGGCGGGAACUUCUUUACCCUUUCCUGUAACUUAAAGGCUGCAGCGACUUAAGGUGCCUGAGAUUUGGUGAUGAGUUCCCAGAAAGGCAACGUGACGCGGUCCCGACCUCAGAAGCACCAGAAUACGUUCACCUUCAAAAAUGACAAGUUUGAUAAGAGUGUUCAGACCAAGAAAAUUAAUGCAAAACUUCAUGAUGGAGUAUGCCAACGCUGCAAAGAAGUUCUUGAAUGGCGUGUAAAAUACAGCAAAUACAAACCACUGUCAAAGCCUAAGAAAUGUGUUAAAUGUUUACAGAAGACUGUAAAGGACUCUUACCACAUAAUGUGUAGACCUUGUGCCUGUGAACUUGAAGUUUGUGCAAAAUGUGGAAAGAAAGAAGAGAUUGUUAUUCCGUUUAAUAAAGAACCAGAAACUUCAGAAAAUACUGAAAAUGAAGGUUCUAAUCAUAGAAGAAGUGGCAAAUGGAAGGAAGACAGUGAUGAGGACUUAGAUGCUGAGUCUGACUCUGAUGGCAAGGAUGGGGACACGGAGGCCUGACAGCACCAAGUCAGCUGCAGAGGGAGUCACAAAGGCUGUCCCAUUAGGCAGAACGGGCUCCUGAGCCACGUCGGUAUUUAUCACAUUUGAGUAACAGGAGCUUAAAGGUUUUCACAGUAAUACUAGCUGUGUAUAUGGAAUAUGUGUGGGCACACCAUGACGUGUUGUAUAAAACCUAUAGAAAGUGUUUAGAAAUUCAUAUUAUCUAAUGUCAAAUUUUUUAGUGUUAAGAAUUGGUGAUUAUAUCGGAACUAUCUCAUGGAAAACUAAGAUGACCCUCAGAGUACAUUUCCAUAACUAGACCUCAGGAAUGUGACUUCUUAUCGCUUCUCGGCCUUUUGGCUAAGAUCAAGUGUAGGAAUGUGACUUCUUUAGCAAAAGCCCCCUUACAUUGUACAAAGCAAAACAGUUUACUUUUACACAUACAUACAAUUAUGUGUAAUGAUUUUCCUACAAAAAUGUUUUUAUAUACUUCAUUCUAUUUCUUUAACCUUUUCCUAGAUUGGAAAUGUAUACUUAGAAAAAAAUGUAUAGACGAUAUAGUUACUAUCUGGAAAGGAAAAUCUAACAUUUUUUACUGGAGUAGAGAUACUUGCAGUCUCAGAAGCUCCUGUUUUGUUCUCCCUCAUAAGUUUAUCCUUCCCAGAAUGCCAUCCUCCUGAAUUAUCAGUUUAUUGACAGUGUUUUUACUUGUAAACAGCGUGAUUAUUGAAAUCUGUGUCCUUGUCUUUAAACCCCAGAACAGUGACCAGGUGGCAGCAUAAUGACCUUUUCCACACUCUUUAGCCAUUUUUAAUGUUUUCUUUGUGUCGUUAUCUCUAUAAAUGUAUAUAUGACACACAUGUACAUAUACAUAUGUGUGUAUAUAUUUGCUGAGCCAUUGAAAUAAAUGGGAAACCGUGGUUUUGGA